AUGCCGACCAUCUCCGUGGACAAGUACAAGCUUUUCGAGGCUCUUGGCAAGAAGUUCACCAAUGAAGAGUUCGAAGACCUCUGCUUCGACUAUGGCAUCGAGCUCGACGAAGACACCGAGAACCAGGAGCGUCCCAUAGUCGACGGCAAGCAGGAGCCCCCUCAGCUCAAGAUCGAAAUUGGAGCCAACCGCUAUGAUAUGCUCUGCUUCGAGGGCAUUGCCCUCAAUCUCAACAUCUUCCUUGGCCGCAUGAAACCUCCCAACUUUCGUGUCGUCGAGCCCAAAGAUGUGACAACCCAGGUUAUCAAAGUCCUGCCUGAUACCACCAAAGUCCGGCCCUUCGUCUCCGGUGCCGUCCUGCGCAACAUCAAGUUCACCCCGGACCGAUAUGAAUCCUUCAUUGCGUUGCAAGACAAGCUGCACCAAAACUUGGCGCGAAAUCGAACUUUGGUGUCAAUGGGUACCCACGAUUUUGACACCGUCCAAGGUCCUUUCACCUACGAAGCCCUGCCGCCCAAGGAUAUCAAGUUUAUUCCCUUGAACCAGACCAAGGAAAUGAACGCUGAAGAGCUCAUGACCUUUUACGAAUCUGAUAAGCACCUCGGUCGUUACCUGCACAUCAUCCGCGACGCUCCUGUAUACCCCGUCAUUUACGAUGCCAACCGAGUGGUCUGCUCACUACCUCCCAUCAUCAACGGAGAGCACUCCAAGAUCACCCUCAACACCACCAACGUCUUCAUUGAGAUCACCGCCACCGACAUGACCAAGCUGCAAAUCGUCACCGAUAUGCUGGUCACCAUGUUCUCCUGCUAUGUUGCAGAGCCCUUCACCGUCGAGCCCGUCAGGAUUAUUUCAGAGCACAAUAGCCUCAGCCGUGUGACACCGUCUUUAAAACCCAGAGUCACCCACGUCGAGGUCGACUACCUCAACAGCUGCACCGGCUUGAGCGAGACUCCCGAGGGUCUUUGCAAGCUUCUCACCAAGAUGGCCUACGACUCCAAACCAUCAGCCACGGACCCCAACUCGCUCGAGGUGUCCAUUCCACCAACCCGUGCUGAUGUCCUACACCAGUGUGACGUUAUGGAGGAUCUCGCAGUCUGCUACGGCUUCAACAAGCUGCCACGCACUGCUCCUACGCGAAGUGCCACCAUUGGCGGUCCCCUAAUGAUCAACAAAUUGGCCGACAUCGUGCGCAUCGAAGCCGCCAUGGCUGGCUGGAGCGAAGUCCUGCCACUCAUUCUGUGCAGCCACGACGAGAACUUUGCCUGGUUGAACCGCAAAGAUGACGGCAAGACCGCCAUCCGCCUAGCCAACCCUAAGACCCUGGAAUACCAAAUCGUCCGCACCUCUCUGCUUCCCGGCCUCCUCAAGACCAUCCGCGAGAACAAGGGCCACAGUGUACCCUUCAAGAUCUUCGAAGUUUCAGACGUUGCCUUCAAGGAUGAAUCUGCUGAACGCAAGGCCCGCAACGAACGCCACUUUGCCGCCGCAUGGUGCGUCAAGGAGAACCCGACCAAGGCCGAUGGCUACUGGAUCGAGGAGCUCAAGGAAGAGACUUUCUUCCCUGGCCACGCUGCAUCGGUACAUCUCCGCCUCGGCGGCAAGGAGAGACGUAUCGGCGAGUUUGGCAUCAUUCACCCUACUGUCCUGGAGAAAUUCGAUCUGAGAUACCCUGUCAGCACUCUCGAAAUCAACCUCGAAGUCUUCUUAUAA